AUGGCGCUGAAAAUUCGAAUCGGCUCUCUCCCGCAGGCAAGCCAUCCGCAGUUAGAUCUGUUCUUCAGCCUGGAUGAGUUCCAUUUAUACCUUCGCCUUUGGUUGGAAUCUAACCCCAGCCACCAUAAUGCGAUGCUGUCUGUGCUGCACAGUGUUCUCACCCAAGAUUGUGCUAAAGAUUGGACUACCAAGUGUGACCACGAUCAACAGCUAAAUUACGACGCAGACGAGUGUUCAAGCACUGAGGCUCACCGGCAAUUCCCCCAUGGACUUCCGACACCUCCAGAGAGUGUACGAGCUCUACAUCUAAAAGAUCCAACGGUGGUGAAGUGGGCGACCGUUGAAAACGGUCGUGGAAACGAUGAAAGAAAAGAAUGUACGACGGUGCCGAAAGAGGCCCAGCUACAGUUAAAUCAAGAUUACUUCCCAAUAAUUUUGAGCUGGGAACCACCAACGGUUGCAAGGGCGGAAAGCUCAGAUACCGAACGGCCGAGAAAGAAGACAUUGCGGAAAAUGGCGAGCUCCGGUCUCAAAGGGCCAAAAUCGAACCGAGUGGUGGACCGCGAUGGUCUUCUGACUGCAGCUAUGUUGCAGACCAUCGACCGCAUAGGUGGAAUACAGGUGCUGGAAGGGCUGAGAGACACGAUCGCCGAGCUGAAUGUCCGGGCUCAGAAGGACAGACAAAGUUUCAACGAACGAUGCGGUCAAGGGAUUCCGAAACAUCUGGCGGGUCAACCCGACUCGAUGCGACAAUUGUGGCUUUUAAAAGAAGAACUUAACCUCACUGAGAAGAAUGAGCGGAUAUAUCGACUACGGAAAAGAUUGACUUUGGCGGAGUUCUCUUAUGCCUACGACUCGUGCGCACUGCAAUACAUGGAAAAUAUGAGCAGCCCCCAGCGCCCGCGGUCGAGACCGGGCCAACGGGUCUCUAAGACGCCGAUGGGCCGUGAAGCUCGCAAUGCACAACACAAACGAGCGGCCAUGGAUCAUUUCGUGGACCUUCUAUUCCCCGGCUCAUUACCGAGCGGCAAGACGAAGAGAGCGACGCGGAAGGGGGGUACGGUGACCAGAUACGCCGCCGCCAGGAAGAUUCAGAACUGGAGGGCGACGGGGCUGCCGUGGGCAAACAUCAUCACGCGCUUUGGUAAAGGAAUGCUACUGCUCAUACCGGACGAAGUAUCGGACGAAUACAUGCGAACCAUGUCAAAGGCCGCUCUAUCAGCUUUUCUGGAUCGCGUUGAGCUACGAGUGGCGGACUGGGCAAAUUGGUUGUCAACACUGUCGUCCUUGGUGGACACUAUCUGCGUCAACCACGCCCUACCUCACAACUGGCUCUCCGAAGGCUGCUCUUCGGCGCUGUUGGAGAAGAGAAUUACCAACCUACAAGUAUGGAAGACCGACCCGCAUUCGCCAUCCGCGGUUUGCGACGGAGGCUCAACAUCAUGGGAUCGUUGGGACCAAUCAAAUAAUGUCGACCCACCCCAAUGUGCCGACUCUGGUUUUGCCUUCGACCUGCCCAUGGAUGCGGUUGAGCCGGGCCUAUACACAGCUGAGUCAUCUUCGCAAUUCGCUCUAGCUCCCCACGAAAGGUUUCGGGAGGCCCCUUACACCACCUUCCUGUCACAUGUCGCUGGAGAGACGGAUCUGUCGCCUGACCUCUGUUCCGCCUUCAUGUCCAGUCACGGCGGCUCUCUCCUACCUCCGAACGAAGGGGCAGACAAUUUGGGGGUUGAUGCCGACGCAUUGCUCGCCGAGCCUCCCCUGGCACAGCCCCUGGUCCCGAACAUGCCCAGCGCUGAGGCGUCACAUCAAGCAUCUACGACGGUGAAUUGUUCAGACUACGAUUAUCCAGACAGCGCCGCGAUUCACAUUGAAAUGGAGUCUCGCGAUACCAGCCGUGAAGAUGUAUUUUACUUUCUCAACUUAUCAGACGAUGGUGACUGA